AUGGAAGUCAAUGGUGAACCAGAUGUAGCUGGUAUUUUCAGCGCGGCUUUAAUGCCAUUGAAAGAUAUGAAAGAUGCAGAUAUUUUGAACCAGUAUGAAAUGAACAUGGCUGAUGGAAAUAUAACACCUGACGUUCUAGAACAUUUAUCUCAAAGAACUACACAGAACCAUAGAGAUGGUAUAUUUGGUGAAGAGUUUAGAAAGAAAGUUAGGGAGAGCGAAGGAAGAGAACCUAUUGUACAUGACCUUGCAAACGAAAGUUUGCAAAAUGUCAUAAAAACUUACUUUGCAGACAAUGAACUGAGAAGGGAUGAAUAUUUAAGAAAACUCAAAUGGACAGUACCAAAUGAAAUGUUAGUAUUGAAAAACAUGUUCCUUGACAAAAUAAAACCAACUACAGAAAUAAACGACGCAAGACUGAAAGAUUGGGUAAAAGCUUUCCCAUUCACAAAAGAUAUUGUUGGUAACAUGGAAAGAAAACCAGAAUGGCUACAAAAACAUAUAUUUGGAAACGAGCAUAUUCCAUAUGGACAGGCACUGUUGAAGAGCUUGAACCAGAACUCAGGAAAGAGUCAUGCAAACAAUACGCAAAGACUCAAAUACAGACUAUGA